CAGCAGCGGGACGGUGAGAGCCAGGUGUUGAUGCGGGUUUGUACGAUGCCCGGUGCCUUCCAUCCCCUAACGCCGGUGAGGUGGGGGGCUCGCCCCACUUCCAGGGGCUUUUCUCAGCAUGCAGUCCCUUUAGAUUUGGGUGUGAUCACCAACCACGUCCUCUGCACUGAACAUUUGGUUUCUAUUUCCAUAUCUUCUUCCUGCUUAGCUACUGUCUUAUUUAGUUGCAUGAUGUUAAACUGCUACACUUUUCCAGUCUAGAGCACUUUGUCUUUCAAGGCUGAAGUGUUCCUGGGAAAUACUGGUAACCUAGGAAGGAAAUAAAUGUAGAAAACAAGUGUGGGAAGAUGAAAGAAUUAAACAGGAGCUCCCUGGCCUUCAUACAUAUAUCAGUCUAGUGAAGACUUGCUGCCAGCUUUUGGGACCAAUCACUGUGAUAGCAGAACUCGGGGAGGAGCAACACAUCUUUAGGGGUGAGUAAGUCUUAGAACUGGCAUCACCGUAUCACCUGGGAACCUGCACAAUCUUCCUCCUGCUCUUCCUGCCCUGUUACAUCAUAUUGAAGUUUGGCCAAUUGAGGGACAUCUCUGUGGUAACUAUGCUAAAGGCAAAUGACGAUCUCAUCUGUUAGGAGAUGCUUACCAUAAGGGCUUUCUAAGAUACCUUCUACCUGUAAAGAAGCAGCUCAUAGGAGAUUGUGACAAAAGUGUUAGUUUAUGUAAUAUACAAAUGUGGAUUUUCUUUGAUGUCAAUUUGUCUCUCUGCUUAAACAUUUUGAAGACACUGAAACAACCAAGAUAUUUCUCAGCUUCUAGUCACAAAAAUACAGGAAGAGCCAAGAAAAUGAAGUGCUUUUCUGUGGCUGAUAAACUCACAAGAAAUUGAGUCUACCAGAUCUAUCUUUGCUGCCUGUUCCUCAAUUUUUAGGGUUUCAGUGGUGAAACUGUGAGUGCAGGCCAUUAAAUUAUAUCUGAAUGAGCCUGGAGAAGUAAAGUUGUUGCAUCAAGAUAUAUGAAGAAAUACAAACAGGCAGUAAAGCAUUUACGACAUUGGGACUAUGAAAAAGCUCUGUUCAUACCAUCCUGCAGAGUGUUGCAGUCUUAUUUAAUAUUCACUUUCGUCUGAACUGGCAGAUGGCUACUGUCUUAGCAAUGCUAGGGAUUAAAUUACAUAUGUUACAUAUAAUUUGGCACUCAGGGCAUAUGCUAAUUGUAAGGGCUCUGAUCCUGACCACAUUUGCAUUUCCUUGCAAAAUGGAUUUUCUAGCAGGUCCCAUCAAAUAUGCAAUAGUGGCUAGCUUUGGCAUGGCUGUUCAGGCAUGGAACUGCUGGUACCUGGACAGUGAUGCACAGUGAUGCCUUGCCUGAUCCCUCAUCUGCUCAGUUUGCCCUUCUGUUGAAUUCCACCUUGCCCAUCUCCUACUUACCACAGGAUAAAAUAUUAAAAACUCCAACUGAGCCUGCCUACAGUAUCUGCCAAGUUGGCUUACCUCCGGAGUACCUCACCACGUACGUGUGAAAGUUCUGAAGGAUAAAAUCUUAAAUUGUCCUGGGCUUGAGCUGUACAGAAUAAAUUCAUUCACUGGCUGACUUGUCAUCUCAUCGUUGUGAUGGAAAAAUGUUCCCUUAAAGUAAACCCUUUUUAUGCCACUAAAACUGCCUUUCAAUACAAGAUCUGUUGUGAUUUUUAAAACACAAACCCAGUAAUGUCAGAACCCGACCCUUCGUCUGGAUUUGUGGGAAACAUGGAAAAUGGGACUUUUCUGGAGCUGUAUCCCACAUCCCUUUCAACUUCAGUGGAUUCAUCGCCUGGCCGUUUAUCCAACGUCUAUGUCUAUGUUUCUAUAUUCCUUAGUCUCUUAGCUUUUCUCCUUUUGCUACUGAUCAUUGCACUUCAGAGGCUGAAAAACAUAAUUUCUUCCAGUUCCUCCUACCCUGAGUACAAUAGUGAUGCUGGAAGUUCAUUCACUAAUUUAGAGGUUUGCAGUAUUUCUUCCCAGCGCUCUGCUCUCUCAAACCUUUCUUCAUGAAAAUAAAUGAAAGGAAACACACGGGGAAUGGAAGAGCAUUGUCUAGUUUCUUGGGGAAGUAGUGCAUGUAACAUUUGCCUUAGAAGACUAUUAUCAAGAGGUGUUUUUAAAAGUUUCCUUAUUUCUUUCCCCUUUCCUUUUCUAGUUUUCAUUUCCCCUUUAACUAAUUUUCGUUUUGGACAGUGGAUAAUGAAUGAUACCUUAUCAUCAUUUCUUGCCUGUAAUAGUGAUGCUGUCUCUUUCUCACGCAUAGACGGUGUUCAUUAGGAGUAUUCCUGCCAAAUUGUAAAACACUUUUAACUGGAUGUGUCAUUUUUCUGCUCUAAUUGUGACCCCUUCCCUGGUCUUGUGUCAGCAAUAUGCUGACUGUUUUUCUUUUCCUUUUUUAACUAUAUAAGGACUUCUGGAUGAAAUCCCUAUUGCAAAAGUACAAAAAAAUCUGCCUAAAUUAUAAAUAUUGGGACAAUUUAAAAUUGUUGAUAUUGUUUCCUUUUUUUCUUUUUAGUUUUCACAUCUUUUUCAGUGUUUAUUGAUGUUUGUAAAACACAACUAAUUCUUGAAGAAUGUUGCUUUUGUUUAUUUGUACUCCUAACCCAUUCUGUAUAAAGUCUGUAUUUCAGUUUUUGAGUCUCUUUGGUUAACUUAGUAAAGUGACUACAAUAACGAUGCUCACGGUUGGAGGUAUUUUUAGACCCCAUUGCAUCUAAUUAUCUUAUUUGCCUAAUAACAUAUUCCUCCAGGGGGCAGCUUUUGCUGCUGAAUCAUAAAUACCACACAACUCCUUCUCAUUCUUCACUGAUACUGCAGCUUAUUCUUACUGGAUACCAGGACAAAGUAGUGGUUUCUUGUAAAAGACCUGCAUUUAACAAAUACAGGUAGCAAGUGAAGAGCUCCUAAACUGUCCUUUAGGGACAUGAUGUUUGUACUCAUGUCAGCAGGGCCAGCAGGGACAGAAAUUGCUUGUACUGGUGAGGACUUUCUGGACCAGCCUUUGUCCUGUGAUUUCAGAAUUGUGAAUUUGGUGGACAAGGCCACACAGGGAUCUGCACAAUGGCCAGGAAGAUCUGAGCUCUGAUCUGCAGGAAGUGCAAGGUGUACCUGCAGAGGGUAGGAAGGGAUGGGCAGGAUAAAUGGCAGUGGCUCUGCCACUUUUCCCCAUCAGAAUAAGGGAAGGCCAGUGAGAGGGGAAGAGAAAUGGAUUCACAAUCUCACUCCUCUUUGUCAUGUCAUUUUCUGGGUACUCAUUUUCCCUGCUCAAAGUGUAACAUGCCACUCCAUUUCUGCAGUAAAAUAAUGAGCAGCUUUGUGAACUGGAUCCUGUGGUCAGCUGGGCUUUUAAUCAAGCCAGACAUUCAAAUUUAUUAUUUGAAGUGCCAAGCGUGACCUACUAAAACUGCAACCCCAGACUGGUGCAAUGCCUUGUUGUCCUUACUGCACUGUGUGAGCACAGCCCUGUCCUGCCACUCAAGCCAAAUUUUGUUCUCAUGGCUGGAUCCAGGUCACUGGAGAGACCUAAGAAAGGUAUGGCCUUGUCACUGGCAUGUCUGUUACUGACAUAGCACAGGUGUAACUCUGGGAGAUGGGGUUAUCUCAGCAGGAACAGCUGCCCUCCCGUCACAUGGCACCACUGCCCAGCAGGCCAAGGGGUUAGGGAACACUUCCCAAACACAUUUAUACCUCUUGCCGAGCUUUCCAUGCAUUCGUAAACAAGACAGACUGCCAUUAACUACACAGGCUUUAAAAUGCAAAUUUGGAAAGUCUGGUGUAAAUAUAAUCAUUAGAAAUGCAGCUGCUGUUGCCAAACAAUACAGAUGAUGCUGGAGUUGGUGUUUUCAGAUUUUAGAAGUAGACAUGCAGUAUGGUAAGUGGUAAUGACUUAUGGUGGUGAUUAGUUCCUUACAGAGGCCAAAGAACUUGCUGACUAAUGAAGAAUGUAAGCCUGCAGAUUCCCUGAGCCAAACUGGUUUGAUGGAUAUAUUUACAGCUUGGAAUAUUCUAUUAAUCUAGACAAAAGUUUCUUGUAUGUAACUUUUCACUGUAUUUGACAAUUGGCCUUGAAAAAAGAGGUAGCUCUUUAAAAGGGAUCAGGAAACAUUACAUCCCUUCUGAAAGUUCUUUGAAAUCCCAAACCUUUUACAUAAUGUAUUUAUAUAUUGACUGGUAGAUAGAAAUAAAUGAGCUGUAAAUCAAGACAGAGCAACUGUUUGACUAUCUUCUCUUACUGACAAAGUUUGUAAAUUUGUUGCUUCCUUUGCUGCAAAUGGAGGAAUUUAAUCAAAACCUGAGAUGAGACCACAGGUCGAGAUGUGUGUUUGUUCCCAGCAGUGUGUUUUACUUGCAGAUACAGAGACAUUUAAUAUUAAAAUACAAACUGUUGAAACCCCA